CGUGUGUUGUGCGCGCCUUCAUUUGUCGACAAUAGUCCUACAGUCGAAUUGAGAGAGACAAAAACGAAUUUCUCCGAGUCAAAAUGACAUCAGAGGCCUGUAACGGUAGUCCGUCAGAUGAAGCCGGCUUUGAAACGAAAACAAAGACCAAAGGCGAUGCUGUCAUCGUAACAGAUGAAUGGCAGGGAUAUCCACUGGAACAGUUCUGUGUGCCCAAGCAUUACGAGGAGGACCUGGAGAGUAUCCUCAUCCCGUGUGGACUCAUUCUGGACAGAAUAGAGCGUCUGGCGCGUGAUGUGGUACAGGACAUGCACCAGGAAGGCCUGGUGGCACUCUGUGUCCUCAAGGGAGGCUACAAGUUCUUCGCCGAUCUUAUGGACCGCAUAAAGCAACUGAAUCGCAACACAAACGAGUCUGUACCCUUAUCAGUGGACUUUAUACGUACAAGGAGCUACGUGAAUGAGAAAUCAACGGGCAAUGUUAACAUCAUCGGGGCAGAUCACCUGGUAACCCUUAAGGGCAAGAACGUGUUGGUUGUGGAGGACAUAGUUGAUACCGGGAAGACCAUUCAGAAUUUAUUACAGACCCUGAUGGAGUUCAAACCCAAGACAGUCAGAGUGGCCAGUUUGUUGGUGAAGAGAACUGUCAAUUCCUCAGGCUACAGACCAGAUUAUAUUGGAUUUGAAGUUCCAGACAAGUUUGUUGUCGGCUAUGCACUCGAUUACAAUGAAUAUUUCAGAGAUUUGAACCAUAUAUGCGUGAUCAACAACAACGGGAAGAAGAAGUAUGCCGUUAAAAAGUAGCAUGGACCAAGCUUCACGGUUUUUGUUUUAGUAGACUGGAGAAAAUGUCAAACUGCAGGUGCGCGGUUUAACUUUGUGUGAUGAACAGCGACAAAAGAGUGUGCAUUUUCUGCAACAUAGGA